GAAAUGGGUUGCGGAUUGAACAAGUUAGAGAAACGCGAUGACAAACGGCCUGGAAAUAUCUAUUCGACUUUAAAGAGGCCUCAGGUGGAGACCAAGAUAGAUGUGUCCUACGAAUACCGCUUCCUGGAGUUCACGACCCUGAGUGCUGCUGAGCUCCCGAGGUCCUCGGCGGUGAGGCUGGCCUCCCUGCACGACCUGCCCGCCCAGCUCCUGGAGCUGUACCAACAGGGCUUCUCACUAGUGGCCCUGCACCCCUUCGUUCAGCCGACCCAUGAGCGGGAGAAGACACCCCUCGAGCACAUCUUCAGGGCCAUCCUGAUCAAGAAAACUGACAGAUCUCAGAAAAGUGAUCUUCACAGUGAACGCUACAUCUUGGAAUUAGAUUGCUGUUCCUCCUUAGACCACCUGACAGGCCAAAAACUCAUCCCAGAGUUCAUUAAGAAGGUCCAGGAGGCUGCGAGUCAGGGCCUGAAAUUCGUCGGUGUCAUACCUCAGUACGGUUGCCCUGUGAAGUCAGCAGGCAGCAGGCCCCCAGCAGACACCAGAGCUGCGGAAAAGGAGCCGGGCAGGUGCGGGGAUGACAAGGAUGCAGGCGCUCCGGCAGGGACAGACAGCGGCCAGGAGCCAGGCCAGGGCCCCAGAGGGGAGACGCCCGUUGCCGAGCAACCCAGCUUGCCCCCCGGAGAAGGGGACGGUGCAGAAUGGUCUCCACACAGGAUGAGCAAAGCUCUGGAUGGGCCGGAUGGUGACCUGUUGGAAGUGCGUGAGGAGCCACUCUCGGGAAAAAUGGAGAUCCUCGCCCUUUUCAACAAACCGAAGAGCCAUCAGAAAUGCCGGCAAUACUAUCCCGUCAGCAUUCCUCUCCGGGUCUCCAAGAACGGCCAGACGGUGAGCGGUUUGGACGCCAACUGGUUGGAGCACAUGAGUGACCACUUCCGGAAAGGAGGCAUGCUGGUGAAUGCGGUCUUCUACCUUGGCAUGGUCAAUGGUAUGCAAGUUACAAACCUUGGGCGGCCCUCACCAACUCUGCUUCUCUUUUCAUCUUAGCCCGUCUUCGGAGCC